AGAAUCCAAUCCGGUUUGAGCAGGUUUUUGUUUCUGAGGGACAUUAACGUCUUCCUACACUGUGAUCAAACCUACUGUGUGUAUCUUUUACCGAGCUCAACACACAGUGGCUGCUGUUUUUCAGAGUUUAAUCCUUGCAUCUGGCAUUUCUAACGCUUUUGUGCUUGUAAAAAUCCACAGCCAUGCCUAAAAGGAGCAAAGCGAACAAUGAUUCUGAAGUCUCUGAGCCUAAAAGAAGGUCGGAGAGAUUGGUAAACAAACCUGCACCCCCAAAGGCGGAGCCUAAGCCAAAAAAGGCACCUGCCAAACCUAAGAAAACUAAGGAACCCAAGGCGGCCAAGGAGGAGGAGAAGAAAGAGGAGGUGCCCGCAGAAAACGGAGAGACAAAAGCUGAUGAAGAGGCAUCGGCAACAGAAGACGCCGACAAGAAGGAAGAAGACGGGGAAUAAUUUUGCUGAGGUCUCAUCUUUUACCAGCACUCCCUGUACCUCUUUUCUUGUACAAUUCAGGGGAAUAUUUUUAUCUACUAUUUUCUAAAGGCAGGUUUUUUAGUAGUUUGAUUGUAGAGACACAUUUUUUAUGGAAGAAAAGAAACAUUUUGAAAGUGAUCUCAUCAUAUCCAACAUUUUUACAUCGGCAGAAAAAACGACCGUCGUCGUAAAUGUCGACAGGCUUUUUUCUCUUUCUCUCUUUCAAAGUGAGAGGUAGAGCAGCAGGUCGCAGGCAUGUCGUGUACACAGACAGCUGGACAUCUGACUGAGCUUGUCCGAAUGACUAACAUUCCAUUGGCUCUAUGAGGGAUUUUUAUUUUGUUUUGUGUGUAACCUGUAAUGUGUGUUUGGGGAGGGAUGGAGGGAGGGGUGGGUGGGCAGAUAACUCAUUGUGUAUUGUUUAUAAGGCGAAAGAUUACUUGUAGAACAUUUGUAAGCUGUGUUCUAUAUGUUAACUGCAGUUCUUCAUAAUAAUUUCUGCUAAAUAAACAUAUUCUCUAGUACUGGAGUUCAUGUCAGGCUUGUGCUUCGUGUGUAUUGAUUUAGUCUCUUCUGUGAUAGUACCGCAAUACCUUUGUAAAACUGCUGUGAAAAAAUAUAUAUUUUUGGGCGUUAAGUCCAAUGUGUGUUAUGGUACAGAUGGUAAACAUGGGAUUAAUAUUUCUGUUCUCUGCAAAGCCAGCGAUUCUUUAACAUCUUUAAAAUGCUAAAUUGGGGACAAAUAAAUCAUUACGUGUACAAUUUUGAUAGCUGUAAAGCUUUCUGAACAGCAGUAGCAAUAUUUUUGUGGGACUUAGAUAUCAAGUAUAAAUGUACAGAUUAUUUUGAUCAUUGUUUAUAGAUGUAUCCCUGUGUGUUAUGGUUCGAUAAAACAAGCCAAUAAAAUUCAGUUGUGAUA